AUGGUGAUUGUUCUCAAGUUUGUACAGCCUUUGCCCUAUAUGAAAGUGGAUUGCAAUUUUGUUUUUCAGGUUUUCAAUUCAAAAACAGCUGAACUACUUAGUCAUCAUCAAGUGGAAAUAAAACAAGAGUUUCCAAAAGAAGGAUGGGUGGAACAAGACCCUAAGGAAAUUCUGCAGUCUGUCUAUGAGUGCAUAGAGAAAACGUGUGAGAAACUUGGACAGCUCAAUAUCGAUAUUUCCAACAUAAAAGCUAUUGGUGUGAGCAACCAGAGGGAAACCACUGUAGUCUGGGACAAGUUAACUGGAGAGCCUCUCUACAAUGCUGUGGUGUGGCUUGAUCUAAGAACCCAGUCUACCGUUGAGAUUCUUAGUAAAAGAAUUCCAGGAAACAAUAACUUUGUCAAGUCCAAGACAGGCCUUCCACUUAGCACUUACUUCAGUGCAUUGAAACUUCGUUGGCUCCUUGACAAUGUGAGAAAAGUUCAAAAGGCUGUUGAAGAAAAUAGAGCUCUUUUUGGGACCAUUGAUUCAUGGCUUAUUUGGAGUUUGACAGGAGGAGUAAAUGGAGGUGUCCACUGUACGGAUGUAACAAAUGCAAGCAGGACGAUGCUUUUCAAUAUUCAUUCUUUGGACUGGGAUAAAGAACUCUGCGAAUUUUUUGGGAUUCCAAUGGAAAUUCUUCCAAAUGUUCGGAGUUCUUCUGAGAUCUAUGGCCUAAUGAAAAUCUCUCAUAGCCUGAAAGCUGGGGCCUUGGAAGGUGUGCCAAUAUCUGGGUGUUUGGGGGACCAGUCUGCUGCACUGGUGGGACAAAUGUGUUUCAAGGAUGGACAAGCCAAAAAUACGUAUGGAACAGGAUGUUUCUUACUAUGUAAUACAGGCCGUAAGUGUGUAUUUUCUGAACACGGCCUUCUAACCACAGUGGCUUACAAACUUGGCAGAGACAAACCAGUCUAUUACGCAUUGGAAGGUUCUGUAGCUAUAGCUGGUGCUGUUAUUCGCUGGCUAAGAGACAAUCUUGGAAUUAUAAAGACCUCAGAGGAAAUUGAAAAACUUGCUAAAGAAGUAGGUACUUCUUAUGGCUGCUACUUCGUCCCAGCAUUUUCAGGGUUAUAUGCACCUUAUUGGGAGCCCAGUGCAAGAGGGAUAAUCUGUGGACUCACUCAGUUCACCAAUAAAUGCCAUAUUGCUUUCGCUGCAUUAGAAGCUGUUUGUUUCCAAACCCGAGAGAUUUUGGAAGCCAUGAAUCGCGACUGUGGAAUUCCACUCAGACAUUUGCAGGUAGAUGGAGGAAUGACCAACAACAAAAUUCUUAUGCAGCUACAAGCAGACAUUCUGUAUAUUCCAGUAGUGAAGCCCUCCAUGCCGGAAACAACUGCACUGGGUGCUGCGAUGGCAGCUGGCGCUGCAGAUGGGGUCGCCGUGUGGAGUCUCGACCCUGAGGACUUGUCAGCUGUCACCGUGGAGCGCUUCGAGCCUCAGAUCAACGCGGAGGAAAGUGAAAUUCGUUAUUCUACAUGGAAGAAAGCUGUGAUGAAGUCAAUGGGUUGGGUUACAACUCAUACUCCGGAAAUUGGUGAAACUAGUAUCUUCUGUAGUCUGCCCUUUGGCUUUUUUAUAGUGAGUAGCAUGGUAAUGUUAAUCGGAGCAAGGUACAUCUCAGGUAUCCUAUAAGUAAUACCAACUCAUGGAUUCCCAAGAUGUGAACUUUUUACGUAAGGAGAAAAUCCAGCAAUUCUGUCUCUUAAUGUGGUGACACUACUCAUAGACACUGAUUUUACUUAUAAGCCACUUGCUGCAUGACCCUCCAAAUAGACCUGUGGCUUGAAAUAAAGAAAAUGCAGCAGAAAGAAUGCUGUAAAAACA